AUGGCACCGCCUCGUCGAAAGGUCCUGGCUACGGCCGAGGAAACCAUGUUCCCACCGAAUGAACUGGCCGAAACCCACCACAUCGUGCGAGGACUCAAAGGCACCGGCAACAAUAUCUACCAAAUUGAAUUCCCAGACAAGACACAAAUGUUGGCUGAGCUGCCAGCGAGAUUUCGAUCGACCUUCUGGAUUAAGCGCGGUUCAUAUCUUCUAGUCGACACCAAGGCACAGGAGGAACGGGACAAUAAAAUUGGCGCGGAAAUUAUCAACAUUGUGCGGGAUGAAAAGGCCUGGCGCAAGGCCCCAUUUUGGCCCAAGGAAUUCGUGAAACAGCCAAUUGUGACUGCCAAUGCCAAUUCCGACUCCGACUCCGAGGAGGAAUCUCGCGUGGGAAAAAUGCCCUCCUCUGAUGAGGAGUCUGACGCUUGA